AUGGCAACAGCAACAGCAUCAGCUCUCUCUUCUCUUUCUUCUCUCUCCCUACACAACAGAGCCUCUCGCAUCAUCUCCUCGAAACCCAUUGUGUCCUUCUCCUUCCUCAAGCGCUCCUCGACUCUCACUCUCGUCAAGGCCUCCUCGUCUGACCAAAUCGAGACAAUCUUCUUCGAGGAUGAGAACCCGGAGAUAACCGCCAACGCCGUCUUCGACCCGCCGUCUGCUCCAGAGGGUUUCGUCGCGCCGCCUUAUUUCGACGAAGGCACGGACGAGACGGAGGCGGAGAUCGCGACGGCUUACGAGGAGCUGUACGGUCCGGCGUAUAGCGGGGAGAGCAUGCUCGGGAAGGACGUCAAUGUGAUGGACUCGAAGCUUAAGAAGACUGGAGGAGGUAUCGGUGGUUCGAAGCCGAAGAAGGAUAAGAUCCGUGAUGGGUUCGAGGAGAGAGUUGUGCAAGUUAGGAGAGUGACGAAGGUUGUUAAAGGAGGCAAGCAAUUGAAAUUCAGAGCCAUUGUUGUUGUCGGUGACAAGCAAGGGAAUGUUGGAGUUGGUUGCGCUAAGGCUAAGGAAGUUGUAGCUGCGGUUCAGAAAUCCGCCAUUGAUGCUAGGAGAAACAUUGUUCAAGUCCCUAUGACUAAGUAUCUCACUUUCCCCCACAGGUAA